AUGGAAACAAUGGAAGCAGAAAACUCCAACAAAUACCAGAAACUAGCCACCGAAUACUCAAAACUCCGUGCCCAGGCGAGCGUACUGAAGCGGGCCGUCCUCGAUGAACAAAACAAAAACUCAGCCCUACGGGAAUCUUUGCGCCUGAAAGAGGCUACGCUCCGAAAGUCGGAACAGGAGGUGGACAGUUUGGGGUUCCGCAAUAAGCAGUUGGAGCGGCGCGUUGCAGCAUUGCAGGAAAAUCUAGAACACGAGCUAAAGAAAGGAUCCGGUGGAAAAGCACUUAAAACGAAAUCAUCUAACAACGACCUCAAUGCGGUGCCGGGUUCGGAAGCGGGCGUGAUUGCGGAAGAGUUGCAGAAAAAAAUUCUCGAAAAUGCACAACUGUCCAACAGUGUUGAAGACAAGAGUGCCGAAGUGAAACAGUUGCAAAAUCGCAUCGACAGUCUGAACCGUGAACUCCAGCAACAGGCAACUGUUGAGCAAAAGCUGCGGAAAGAGCUCGAGCUGGUGACCGUUAGAAAUUCGGAGCUUGAAUCUAAAGUUUCCGAAGCAGCCAGCACGAUUGGAAGUGAAGAUGGACUGAGCGUUACGACCGAUGUUGAAAAUCAUUACAACCACUUUACCGCCAGCUCGAACAGUGCGUCCCAGGUGCAAAACAAUGGUACCAACAACAACAACAAUACGACGGCCAUCAGCCAGGACGAUCGGGUGGUGUUUCUCGAAAAGGAGCUGAAUCAUUGGCGGGCCCAGUAUGAGCUGCUGAAAAUAGAAACCUCUAGUCACAUUCGAAUAGCGCCAAAGGUUGAACAAAAAGAGGACAUUUUUAGUCAGGGAGCCGAUGGCAUAAGAACACUGGAGGACAAUCAGCAGCAAAAUGAGGUACAAACGCGGGAACAGAAGCUGACCGCGUGUUUUACGAAAAGUAUCGAAGAUCUGUUCCAUGACAAAUGUCGCGCAGAAUCGAAACUGGCUUCACAUUUCAUUGAAUGUCAAAGACUGCAAACCCAUUUGGAUGUUUUCAAAAAUCGUCUAAAGGAACGAGAAGAGGCCAACAGAGAGGAAGAACGCCGCUACCGUAUCAUCGAAGAUGAAUUGUCCCGCACGCGGCUCAACUACGAGGAACAAAUCAGUGUCCUGACCGAGCAAGUGAUAAGCUUAAGUGAUCAGUUAGCCAAGGCCAAGUAG